AUGGCAAGCGGCUCGCCAAUACCUUCGCCUGGCCCAGAAUUCCUCUCACCAUUCUCCUCUUCAGCAAUCGACAUGUCGCCUCGGUACGGAAACAGCUGUGCGCUCACUAUCCUCAAAGGGGACGCUGACCACCCUAUCAGCGCGCAUUCACCCAUCCACAGGAAGCUCGAUCCUUCCUCUAGUCGCUCUUCUCCCUCACAAGCUUCGCGCUUCGCCACUUCCUUCUCCGACAUCCGAUCCUCAUCCAAGGGCGCAUCAUCCGGCUUCGACUCGAGCGUCAAUGUUCACGCCAUCUCGGAUCACGGCAUCCUCCUACCCUUCCUCGAUCGACCAACUGAAGUCAAGGAACUGCUCUUCGACACAAAGGCCAACGAAGCGCUCCUCUACAAGCUCUGCAGUGUCUUUGGCGGCAAUUUGGAUCAGCCUACUCAGCGUGGUAAGGAUGAGCGAUGGGACGAGAUGCUCGAGCUCCUCAUCGAACUCGAUCGUCCUCUGCUCGACGACGAGGAUUGGCUCAUCCGCCUCGAGUUGCUCGUCAUGGAACGCUCACCUUCGCUAUGGGCUCAGCUCGCACGCUGCUUGGGUGCCGAAGGACUCACGCUGCAUCCAGCCAUCCAGCCAGGCUCCUCACGCUUCGACAGUUGGGCUCUGCCCUCACGCUACAUGGACGCCAGCCACGACAAUGACAGCCCACUCUCUCCCCCGUCUGCCGCUUCCAGUGACGACGACGACGGUCAGAACGACGACAGAGUCGUCGAGCGUUCACUUUCCAUUGACCUCGAGCCUCUGCGUGCACUGCCAUCGUCAUACUCGGAGCAAUCGGCGGCCAAGAUGCGAAGGUCGUCCCUUUACGACCCCGUCUCGCCUGCAACUCAACAACCGCCUCUGUCGUCGUCCGAGUCUGCGGGAGCCAUUGUCUCGCCCACUUCCGGUGGGUCUCCUGGCGAUGGCGGUGGGGACACUGCCAUGACCGGCUUGCUCGAAGACAUUAUGGAGGAACCGCAAUCGUCGCCCCAGAUGGAGGUGGGCGUCGGAAGCAGGAGGCGAUCGCAUUCUGGCAAGUUUGCCGGCUUGCGCAUCUCGGCUCUCAGCUCCUCUGGCAACUCGGCGGUACGACGCAGCUCAUGCGCUUCGAGCACCGCUUCGACGUCCCCUUUGCCGACGGGCGUCAUGUCUCCCGCGGGUCUUGCGCCUGAAAGUCCGGGCGCUGCGCCUUCGCGUGAAUCCUCGACUUCCUUCGCCAAGCAUCGAAGGCUCAGCAUGAUCAUGGUUCACAACCGUCCGGAGAGCCAGCACGAGCCCCAUGGCCAUCCGCAUGGCAAGCUCGAUCUCGACAAGGUUCCGUCUCCACGACGUUCCCCUUCUCGACGUCAACGCGGUGUCAGCGAAGCCUCGCAAACAUUCAGUGGUCACCAUGCCCCUCCCGCCCAGCAGCGACGUCGUGCUCAGAGCUUUGCGCGCUCAUUUGCCGAGCUCGCGUCACCGACCAUGCAUCUCGAGAAGCUGCGAGCCGAUCACGCCCAGGGCAAGGACGAACGACUGGCAGCUGAAGGAUUGACAGAGUCCACACGCCGUAUGAGCCUUCAGCAGCCGCUUCAUCCAUCUGUCUCCUCUGCCCCUGUUGGUGCCACGAGCGGUCUCGGGUUGGAUGCUAGCCUCGGCAGCCCUCCAAGCCUCAGCUUGACAUCGGGCAAGACCAGAAAGGCUACUGCUGGUCGCAAGCGCCUCGGCAGAAGCGGCAGUCGCGGAGCUGCCAGCUCGACGGGCUCUUCGUCGCCUCCCAUCCCCGGUCUCUUGCCGGACGGUCGAACUCGCCAUCCAUCGGGCAGCUGCGGCUCGAGAGAUCUUGCCGAGUCGAUCGAAGCCUUUCGCAAUUCGAUGGGCCUCUCAACCUCGCCCUCGCCGAGCGAGCGGGACUUUGCGGACACGGUCGAGGAAAAGUCGACCGAAUCGGCCACUCGUAAGCGCAAAGACAUUGGCGUUGCCGACUUGCCGCAGCCCACCUCCAAGACUGUCGAGACCGCCGAGGCCAAAGUUUCCCGCAAGGGCUCUCCACCCGCCACCCGCGCUUCCUUCGAAGAGCACCAGGCCCAAUUCGAAAAGCCCAAACACAUGCAGGAGCUGGAGAAUCGCGGCCAAGGUAGCAACAAAUCUGGCAGCGGCCUCGCGCUCGGAGGCGGCUUCUCGCUCGCAAAGUCUGGCGCCAACUUUCGCGGACAGGGCCACGACGUGAUGUCGGGUGCGCACGAUGGCUGGCGUUCGAGCUUCAGCCGACGCGAUGGCACUCGCACUCGAGGCUCUGACCACUUUUCACUCCGCUCGCCACCUGCUGUGCAGCGUCGACCGGGAGGCUUUGUCUCGCUGGCACAAGAGUACGAGCGUGCCAGGCGAGACCGACGCUCGAGCGAGGUCGCCUAUUCGAUCAACAGCAAUGCCCUCGAGAGCUCGCCCUCCAGCAGCCUUGCCAGCUUUGACAUUGGUGGCGGUGGUGAUCAUCACCGUCGUCGAAGCUCGGAAGAGUCGUUGCCGCGUCUGGAAUUGCCUGGGACAGCGGGAGGCGAAGCCAAGGGUAAAAGUGGUACUCCGGACUUUGAGAGAGGUGACCCAACGCCGAAGGCUGGGCCCGGAGGUGGCAUGACACCGCGAGCUUCGUUCGGCGGAUCGUCGACGCGACUUCAAGGCUAUCCGUUUCCCAACCUUGCGAACCGCAUGACAGCACCAGCUGCAGCGCAUGAUGCUGGCGCAAAAGAGGUGAGCACACCCGGACGCAGUCGGAACUCGCUCGGCCCUGCUACACCGCUGAGCCCUCUCCAUGCCUGUCAAGACCUCCUCAGUCCAACCCGUACGCCUUCUUCGACGAGCACACAAUCUAGUCCUCGAUCGCCAAGUAUCGUGUUCCCGAUCUCGCCGAACCCGUCCAUCUCACGAGCGCAGGAAUUCAAAAAGGCGCUCGAGACGCCCGCAUGUCAAACCGCCUUUGCGCGAAUUCACACCACCUGUGGCUCCACCGCCGAGGCUUCGAUACGCGAACUCAUCACGACUUGCGAGAGGAGCCACAUGUCCGACGAAAGUUUGUUGGAGGAAGUUGGACGGCGCAUCGGGUUGGUCGACCAUGAACACGCGCAGGCCGUUGGGGGCAGAGUGGCGGAGGAGGCGGAUCAAGUGUUGGCUGAAGAGGGGUAUGAGGACAAGUGGGAGGUCUUCGAGGCGUUGUGCAGGAGUUUGGGCAUGGGGAACGUCGAGUUGGGGUUGGCGAGGAGGAGGUGUGGUCCAGCAGUCGAUACUUGUCGCCAAGAGUAG